GUCAAAUACCGGUUGUGUGCAGUGAGACCUACGAAAAACACUUUUCUUUUCGAUUGCGGAAUGUAAAAACGGCAAAAACUCAAGACUCACGAUGGUAUUUUACUUCACUAGCAAUGUCGUUCAACCACCGGUGACGUUGUUCAUGGGAUUGGACAAAUACGAAAACGAAGAUCUUAUAAAAUGGGGCUGGCCGGAAGAUGUGUGGUUUCACGUGGACAAAGUGUCCUCGGCGCACGUGUAUCUACGGCUUGGACCAGGUCAAACGCUCGACGACAUCCCUUCGACCGUGCUGGAGGAUGCCUGCCAGCUCGUGAAGGCCAACAGCAUCAACGGCAACAAGAUGAACAACGUGGACAUUGUGUACACAAUGUGGGAAAAUCUGAAGAAAACACCCGCCAUGGAGGUUGGUCAGGUUUCGUUCCAUCGAGACAAGGAGGUACGCAAGUUUCGGGUCGAGAAACGUAGUAACGAGAUUAUGAACCGGCUCAAUAAAACCAAACGCGAGGAGUCUGUCGAUUUCCGCGCCGAACGCGAAAAGCGAGAUGCGCUCGAGCGCGCCGAUAAGAAGCGGGCCGCACAUGAGAUAAGAGAGCGGGAGAAGGAGGAACAGAAGCGGCGCCAGGAGGAGGCGGAACUGCGGAGUUACAAUUCGCUGAUGAAACCAGAAAAUAUGAACACCAACUACGACGCCGGGAAUGAGUCGGACGAGUUUAUGUAGGUUGGAACGCGGCAAGAAAGGGACACGCGGGAGCGGUCCAACUAAUAAAUUAUUGAUUGUUUGGUUAAGAAAAACGGUACUGCGAUCAGUGGUUGACUUUAUCACAUAA